AUGGCGAAGUCCGGUCAAGCAUGUACAGCUCUGCAGGAGUGGCAAGACCUCAGUUGUGUAUCAAGGGAGACCUCGGUGCACACGAAACCCAGGCUUCCUCUUACAAGCCCCGAGCGACGAGAUAAAUCUCUGGGCGAUCUUCCCAUCGAGAUAACCCAGCUAUCCAGGGCUGCUACCACCGAAGCCGAGCUCAAAGAUACCGUGCUCUACCUCGGAUAUGGCUCGAACCUCUGUGCGGAAACGUUCCAGGGCAAGCGCAAUAUCAAACCGAUAUCGCAGGUCAAUGUCGUAGUACCUGCACUCUCCCUGACAUUCGAUCUGCCAGGUCUUCCCUACACCGAACCUUGCUUUGGCAACGUGCGAUAUCGAAACGCGUCGCCACCCGGUGAGGAGGGGACAGCAGGAGGAGGGAGCUAUCAUAAAGAUCGUUGGCAUAAAGGAUUGGUUGGAGUGGUGUACGAAGUGACAAGAGAGGACUAUAUUAAUAUCAUUGCUACCGAGGGAGGCGGGGCGGGCUAUCAAGAUGUUCUGGUCGACUGCUAUGCGUUGAACGGGACACUGCAUGAGGUUGUCCCCUGCAAGCCAUCGGGGUCUUAUUUCAAGGCACAUACCCUCUACGACAAGCAAGGGCUUUCUCGUCGACAGCACUCGUACGCGCAGCCGAGCCCUAGGUAUUUGAAGUUGAUUACAGAUGGUGCGACAGAGCACGAUCUCCCUCGAGAGUACCAGGAUUACCUGAAUCAGAUUCGCACAUUCCAUUUGACCACCACCCAACAAAGGCUGGGACAGUUCUUGUUCCUCGCCAUCUGGGCUCCAUUCUUCUUGUUUGCGCUUGGGGGCUCGAAGAUUUUCCUUCGACCUGAUGGCACAUAUCCAAAGUGGAUGGCGAAGUUGAUUCAAAUGAUCUUCACUGCGUCGUGGAAGAGUUACGACAAGUUUUUCAAGGGGACAUUUGGAGACGGCGAGAGGACGAUCGGUGAUGAUGCGGAUGGGGCAGCUGAUGAUCAUAUUGAUGAGAAGACAGCGUUAAUCCGGCGAGAGACCACACGUAUGGUUAUUGAGGAGUCAUUUAUAACUUAUCAUACUGUCCUCACACUGUGGGUAAAUGCUGACCCAAGUUUCGCUUUCUUCUGGGUGCCACCUGGGCGACAAGCGUGCGGUUCUUUUCUGGGGCCGACAGUGUGGAAGGAGCGCCCAUCCACCGACCACAAGGCAGGCACCACUGGCAUGUUCGGGGUUGCACUUGCCCAAUUUACAUACCGCGACUGCCGCAAACUUCAAGAGCCUGAGGAAAGUGCAUCUAGUCCACCAUUCCUUCUUCAUCCUUGCUCAGUCAUUCAAAACCUCUUCGUUCAUCACUUAAGAAUAAUGAGAAACAACCUCCAUCGAACAGGUUGCUUCCAAGUGACAACAUCAAUGGCCCCCACAGGUCAAUCGAGGCUCAAAAGACGCUUGGCCGGCGGAUCCUUCUCCACCAGCUCACCACAAAGCCGACCCAUCACUUCUGACGACUUCGACAUUCCACUCUUCGAGACCGAUCCAAAUGCCUCCGUCAAACGUACAAAGAUCGAUCAUGACCCACAGAAAAGCAAGAAGGCACCCAAAAAGAAGAGCCAGGUGGUCGACAAGCAACCAGCUAAAAAACCAAAAGACAUUGUCAAAGCCAUUUCUUCCGCGAAAAAACAUACGACUGUGACUAACUCACGACCCAAGCGAGCUGCAAAGACUCCUGUGUAUGUGGAUGACUCAGAUGGUGGUGAACAAGAGGCCGACGACACAAAUUCCCACAAUGGCGGAGCUAGUGGUGAGGGUGACAACCACCAGGAAGAGUCUGAUAUUGUCCAUGAUUGCUAUGCAUUGAGCAAGUCAGCUGUCGACGCUGCCCUCGAGGCAUCGAAACACAGCUUUAAUUCGAACCUUGAGGAGAUCAUUUGCCCUGCUCCUGAGUUCGCUCCUCAUAGUGGCAUAAACAAGAGCCCUGGCGAGGUUCGAAAAGUUGCUGACAGCACUAGCAAUCAAGUCUCUUCUGAAAAGUUGAAAACCCCUGAACGAAAAAUUCACAGCGUCAAGGAACCGUGGAUGCCUCCUGUGGUGCAAGAGAAAGUCUUGAGAAAGACUCCAAUCGUGCAUUUUGGACCUGGUGGCCCCGACAAUCAGGCAGUCUUGCAGAAGCCGCACUACAGGUUUCCAAAAAUGUCUAAUUUGCGGGACCGCUUAAGGAGCAUUGAUCAAGUGGAAUACGAGCAAGAAGAUCCUGGCGAGUUUGGUCAAGACCCCGAUGACGUCGGGAUGAAGGCAGUGUCUGACAGGUCACCUGAAGGACAACUCUUUAAGGACAAUGCAACAAUCUUGACACCUCCCCAGCCUCAAGAGAGAAUUUCACUUCCACAUCAAGCAAGCCAGGCUUCUGUAUCGAAGCCGAAUGCACAGCAAACGGCCGUCAAACAGAACUCUCCCGAGAGGACAGGAGCGGCAAUAGGAAAGGCUGCUACAGGACACCCAGUUCGCACCAAGAGAACUCUUCCGCAUACAAUUCCAACAAAGCCAAUAGAAGUGAAACAGCCCUUCCUGCCAGCAACUCCAGUCUCAUUCCUUGCACGCCUACAAAAUGAGAAUGUCAAGCUUCAUGGCAUUGAAGCGCUUGUUGAUAAACCCGAAGCCUUCAUUGAUUGUGACGCGAUAGAUACAUCCGGGGAUGUAUCCAUUACCCUUCUAAACGAAAACUUAGAAGUUUCCCAGAAGAGCCCGUCCCAUCGAUCUCGACAUAUGCGAUGCCGACGAUCAGUGUCAACUAGUUCGAGUUCUCAAGAAGAUUCACCACCACGUGGCAAGGGACUAAAGGCUACGACAAAGCUACCAGUUGAUCGACUUGAAGGGAUCCGCGAAACCCAGCAUGGACUCGUUGAUUCUAUUCUACUGAUCACGAAGGAUGUAAUGUUUCGUUUCGGAGCAGAAGAAGAUGCAAUCAAGGCCAAAGUGAACGCGUUCAAUUUCGGAGGAAGAGCAGUACUCCAAACUUUGAGUGACAGUUGGAAUGACCGCCUUGCUCACCAUCACCAAAAGGUAGCUACAUUGCUCAAAGAAGAGAGUGUCAUUUUGGCCAAAGCCAGUGAAACAGUCAAUGGAGCAAAGGCAGAUGAGUCCGCUGUCUUGGGAGACAACACUGUUAUUUUGAGGACUAUCGAUAGCAAGGCCAAUGCGUUGAUGAACAAAAUCGCAGCUCUUCGUUGUUAG